AUGCAGCCACCAGAGACUUUUGUGGGAUCAAUUGAUCAAGGCACUACGAGCACCAGAUUUCUAAUCUUCAACCGCGCGGGUGAGCCAGUAGCAUCACAUCAAGUUGAAUUCAGCCAAAUAUACCCGAUCCCGGGCUGGCACGAACAUGACCCCCUCGAGAUUAUGAUCUCAGUAGAGACCUGUAUCGAAGAAGCCGUUCAGAAUUUCGAAGCGCAAGGUUACAAUCGAAGCAGCAUCCAAAGCAUCGGGAUAACCAACCAACGUGAAACGACCAUAGUCUGGGACCACAAGACCGGCGAGCCCCUGUACAAUGCUAUUGUAUGGACAGACACACGCUCCCAGUCGAUUGUCGUAGAACUGAAACAGAAACCAGGGGCAGCACAGAUCCAGACCCUCUGCGGUCUGCCGCUGUCAACUUACUCGUCGGCUACAAAAUUGCUCUGGAUGUUGGCGCAUGUCCCGAGAGUGAAGGAUGCAUUUAUCCGCGGCACACUGGCGUUUGGUACCGUCGAUUCUUGGCUGGUAUAUUGUUUGAACGGUGGCGUGGCUGCCAACGUGUUUGUCUCAGAUUCGACAAACGCGUCACGGACCAUGUUUAUGAACUUGGAGACGUUACGUUAUGAUGAGACGCUUCUGGAAUUUUUUGGGAUCAGAUGGAACGUUCAUUUACCUAGGAUUGUGCCUUCGUCUGAUCCGACGGCAUACGGGGUUGUUGCUUCUGGGGCUUUGGCGCAGGUUCCGAUUAUGGGAUGCCUGGGGGAUCAGUCUGCCGCAUUGGUUGGACAGAAAGGGUUCUCGCCUGGAAUGGCCAAGAACACUUAUGGCACUGGAUGUUUUCUUUUGUACAAUGUUGGUGACAAGCCAGUGUUUUCGACACAUGGAUUGCUGGCUACGGUAGCCUACCACUUUGGUGGAAAGCCCAUCUAUGCACUAGAGGGGAGCAUUGCUGUUGCUGGGUCUGGCAUCAAAUUCCUGCAGAAUAAUUUGAAUUUUUUCCAGGAAUCUAAGGAGGUCGAUGACCUUGCCUACUCGGUGGACGACAAUGGUGGAUGUGUGUUUGUCACUGCCUUCAGUGGACUUUUUGCACCUUAUUGGAUUGAUGAUGCGAAAGGGACAAUCUUUGGUAUCACCCAACACACCCAGAAGGGCCACAUCGCACGCGCUACCCUAGAGGCAACCUGCUUCCAGACUAAAGCAAUUCUAGACGCAAUGGAAAAAGACAGCGGCCAUACACUCUCCGAACUGGCUGUAGAUGGGGGUAUGAGUAACUCGGACUUGGCAAUGCAGACCCAAGCAGAUCUGAUAUCCAUCCCUGUCUACCGUCCUGAGAUGCGUGAGACUACAGCUCUCGGUGCAGCAAUCGCAGCUGGCCUUGCCAUUGGACUUUGGCACAACUUUGCCGAGCUGCGAGAUCUCAAUCGUUCUGGUGGUGUGGUCUUCGAUCCCCAGGUCCCGCUACAAGAGAGCGCUGCCAAAUUCGGACAGUGGGAAAAGGCCGUAGAAAUGAGCAGAGGCUGGAUGCUCAAGGUGACAGAAAGCAGGAAUUUCAUCGUUUCUGGAUCAAAUAAUUGA